UCACAAUUCUGCGACGACUCUCAGGGGUGGGCAGCCAUGGUGGCCUGUGCCCUCACCGCCGUCCAGCCUGCAGCGGCUCUAGCGCCAUGCCGAGGGAGGAGCCUCUCCGGCCAUAUCGCACGGCUGGCGUCUCCCGGUCCCAGACUUUCAGGCAGGAUCAGGAUCAGCCGCAGCGUCGUUGCGAAGGUCGCGAAGGACAGCUCGGAAUCGCCCGGGAGCGUCGUGAGAUACGUCCAGAGUUCUUUCAGCACUACUGAAGACAUCUUUGCUCUAGCUGGAAUAGGUUUUGCAGCCGUAGCUGCAUUAUGGGCUUCAAUAAAUCUCGUUGAGGUCAUUGAUAAGCUCCCGGUUCUUCCUCUUUUCUUUGAAUUAAUCGGGAUUGUAGUUGCCUGGCUGUUCAUCUACAACAAUCUCCUCUUCAAGCCAAAGAGGCAAGAGUUACUGGGGAACAUCAAAAGCACAUUAUCUCGAAUCUUGGGCCAGUAACUUUCGAACGUUACAGUGGACAGCAACACUGGGUUAUGGCCUUAGCUCUAUGUAGGCCUGGUGAGAUGUAAUGUUUAACUGUGUGCAUAUAAUUCGAGAAACGAGUGUUACCAUUUUUCACUCUAGAGGCAAAA